GCAGGCGAACGAAUAGGCAGGUAACCGUGGUCACCAGGUAACUCACACAACGAUGCUCGGGUACCGAGAAGGAGAGAGGGGCCGACGCAGGUCGACUGUUGAGCGAGGUGGCGGCGUUCUCCGCCACCGUCACGGCAUCGGCUCGCACUGCUCGCAGUCUCGUUCGGCGGGCGUUCGUCGUCGGUCGAAGCUGGUGCGCGCGCGGGUGUGGAGGUAAAAGAGUGGAGAACGCACCUCUCGGAAAUUUAUUUUUUCACGGCGUGCAAAAAGUGCGAGCGGGAAAAUUACGGGCCAGGGGGGAAGGAGCAGGAUGUUGAGCGCGUGAAAGGGUGAAAGCGACGAGAAGAAGGAGCCGGAAAAUGCGGGCGCGACACGUCGUGGCAGUCCUGGCCACUCUGUUGGCCAUCACCCAGGAAGUUCCCCAGAAUCCCAGACAUCAAAACUAUGAGGAGUAUCCUCGCGAGGUCUACUUCAACGGCUCGGCGUUCUUGAAAUUGGGCUCCUUCGUAUCGGUGCACCGUCAUAGUGGCCUCAGCUUCCGCACGUGCGACCCCGGUCGACUAUUCCUACAGAAGUACGAUGACAAUUCAAUUAGUCUCGAGGUGACACCCGAGGGACUGCUCUUCGUGGCUGUGGUCGAUCAGCUGAGAUAUCGAGCCAGACUAAACGCUAAAUUGCUCAACAACGCCUGGCAUAGCGUCAACCUGCUCUUUAGGCUCGGCAAUCUCACCCUCAAUGCUGCAGGACACACUCAGAUGGUCGCGAAUGCGACUUACAAUUCCGCCAUCCUAACGCUUCCCGAUUACGACGUGAACAGUUCGCUCAUAGUCGGCGAAGGAUUCAGAGGUUGCAUUUUGCAAGGACCCGGGAUCAUCUUCAACAACAGUGUCAAUAACGGGGCCGUUUUUGGACCCUGCCCGUUGGAUACCAAAGGAUGUGGAACGAGGGGCCUCGGGGGUGGCACAGGGGCAUCCGCUGCUACGGUCCCCACUGUGGAUUUCUGCCACCACGAGCCAUGUAUGAUGCACGGUAAAUGCGUGUCGCGGCAGGAUCGCUACGAGUGCCACUGUUUCGCCCGAUACUCCGGCAACAACUGCCAGAUUGACAAUGGUUCACCCUGUCAGAGUGGACCUUGUCGUAACGGUGGUACCUGUAACGAAGACGCGCGCGGUGACUUCGGUUGCAGUUGCAAACCCGGAUUCACCGGCAACUUCUGCGAAUCUCAGCUAGGAGUACGAUUGUGCGAACAGAAUCCAUGUAGAAACAACGGCACUUGUAUCAUGGCACUAAUAGGUAGCGAGUACAAGUGCCUCUGUCAGGCUGGUUGGUCUGGAAAGAAUUGCGAAACUAAUAUCAACGAAUGCACUUCGAAUCCAUGCAAGAACGGUGGCAUCUGCAUCGACGGAAUCAACAAUUAUACCUGCAGAUGUGACAGAACUGGCUACGAGGGGAUUAACUGCGACGUAGACAUCGACGAGUGUCAGGCGAACCCGUGUCUGAACAACGGCGUGUGCUAUGAUUAUUACGGCGCCUAUAUCUGCCACUGCCCGGCUGGCUUCGAGGGUCAGAAUUGCGAGCUUAAUUUGAAUGAGUGCCUGUCCGAACCCUGCGCCAACGGCGGACAAUGUGUCGACGAUGUGGGCACUUACCACUGUGAGUGCCUUCCAGGAUUCAUGGGUCGCCACUGCGAGCUGAGGGGUCUGUGCGAAAACGCGGCCUGUCCUCCUAACAGCAUCUGCAUGGAGGAUGCCCAUGGACCUCAAUGUGUCUGCAAUCCCGGUUUCAUGGGUAAUCCACCUAAUUGCACUGUCAACUACUGCGCUAGCAACCCUUGCGCCAACGGUGGCACUUGCACCAGCGGCAGAGAUGGUUUCAACUGCACGUGCCCGCCUGAUUGGAAAGGGAAGAACUGCCAGAUCGACGUAGACGAUUGCCUAUCACAGCCAUGCCAGAAUGGUGGUAUUUGCAUCGACCGUGUCAAUGGAUACACCUGCAACUGCACCAGAAACUUCGUGGGUGAUAAUUGCGAACGAGAAUACGAUGCAUGCUUCGCAAAUCCUUGUCAGAACAAUGGUAGCUGUACGCUGAUGCCAAGAACGAGGAGGGAAUUCGUUUGCGAAUGUCCGCACGGUUUUGAGGGCAAGGUGUGCGACGUGAAUAUCGAUGAUUGCGUUAGCGUAGUGUGCCCUGAUGACAAGGUUUGCGUUGACGGUAUCGCUGAUUACGAAUGCAAAUGUCGCGAGGGCUAUAGAGACCCGAAUUGCACGCUGAUUGUGGAUCACUGUGCGGCAAAACCGUGCAACAACAAUAGCACGUGCAUUGACCUCGGCGAGCUUGGCUUCGAGUGCAAAUGUGUAGAAGGCUUUCAAGGACAAUAUUGCGAUCUCGAUGUGAAUGAGUGUGAAUUACUCGGUAAUUCUCCUUGCAACAAUGGGAUUUGCAUCAAUACCGAGGGUAGCUACAACUGCUUCUGCCGACCAGGCUUCUCUGGUGAUCAUUGUGACAUCAACAUCGACGAGUGCCUGUGCGGUCCAUGCAAGAAUAACGCUACGUGCCUCGAUGGCAUCAACAUGUUCCAAUGUAUAUGCCAGCCCGGUUACACCGGCAAAACCUGCGAGAUAGACGUGAACGAAUGCGACAGCAACCCGUGUCACAAUGGGGCGCAAUGCAUAAACGGUAUAGCAUUGUACACGUGCGUGUGCCCAGCAGGUUUCCUCGGUGCUAAUUGCGAGAUCAACAUCGACGAAUGCGAAUCGUCACCCUGCAUGAAUAAAGGAAAGUGCAUCGAUGGCGUAAACGACUACACCUGCGACUGCAACGAUACCGGUUUCGAGGGUCCACAUUGUGAAAAUAAUAUCGACGAAUGUUUGUCACGGCCGUGUAUAAAUGGCGGACUAUGUCUGGACGACAUCAAGAGUUACAAAUGUCAAUGUUAUACCGGCUACACUGGUAAGAACUGCGAAGUGGACGUGAACGAGUGCGAGAGCUCGCCCUGUCAGUACAAUGGCACUUGCCUCGAGCGAUCAAACAAAGAUCUUUAUAAAAGCGAGGCCCUGAACUUACCAGCGAUCUUUACUCAAGAGUUCAGUUACGCCAAUGCCAGCGGGUAUGAGUGCCUCUGCGUGCAAGGUGUCACCGGCAAGAAUUGUGAGGUGAACAUCAAUGAGUGUGACAGCAAUCCCUGCGGUCCAGGUACCUGUAUGGAUCGUAUCGGCGGCUACACCUGCGAGUGUGACGAGGGUUACGAAGGAGAUCACUGCCAGCACGAGAUCGACGAGUGCAAAAGAUACAAUCCCUGCGAGCAUGGAGUGUGUACCGAUGCGAAAGCCGACUAUUUUUGCACCUGCGAGCCGGAGUAUGGUGGCAAAAAUUGUUCGGUAAAGCUGAUGGGUUGUCAGGGCAACGCCUGCCAGAACGGUGGCACUUGCUGGCCCUACUUAGUCGAUGAGACCAUCCACAAGUUUAACUGCACCUGUCCCAACGGUUACCACGGCGAAGUCUGCGAUUAUGUGACAACCAUGUCUCUAAGCGGCAGCUCGUACGUCCUGGUAAACACCACGCGCGACGAGGGCUACGAUAUACAAUUUCGCUUUAGGACUACCCUGCCGAAUGGUCUCCUGGCGAUCGGUAGAGGUGUGACCAUUUAUAUUCUCCAGCUGGUAAACGGCAAACUCAAUAUACAUAGUAGCAUCCUGAAUAAAUGGGAUGGAGUCUUCGUCGGUAGUGGACUCAACGACUCCAACUGGCAGAAGGCCUUCGUAGCCAUCAACUCGAGUCAUCUCGUCCUUUCGGCCAACGAGGAACAGACUAUCUACCCCAUCAGCCCGAACGAAGGCUCCAACUCAUCGAAUCACACAUCUUUCCCCACGACUUUUGUGGGCGGGAGUCACAUCAGCUCCCUGAGCUUCCUGAGAAGAUUGUCUCGCUUACCCUCGUUCACCUUUUUCGUCGGCUGUAUGGAAGACGUCGUCAUCAAUGGCGAAUGGGUCUACUCCGGCACCACGUCGAAAACCGUAUACAUGGAGGAUGUGGAGCCGGGCUGUCCUCGCGAGGCUCAAUGCUCACCGAAUCCUUGUAAGAACGGCGGCCACUGUACCGAUCGUUGGCGUGACUUCUACUGCAAGUGCGAGCGUCCUUACCUCGGUCACACCUGCCAGUACAACAUGACAGCCGCUACUUUCGGCUACGAGAAUAUCACGAAUGGUUACGUGACUGUAAGAGUCAGCGACGCUGUCAGGCGUACCGUCAGCUCGGUCGUUGACAUCUCCAUGUUCAUUCGCACACGGGAGAGUUACGGUGAUAUCUUCUACCUGGGCACGGAACUGGAUUCUCAAGUCGAUCAGAAGCCCCAAGAGAAGACCUACAUAGCGGCACAAUUGGAGGGCGGAGAGCUGCUCGUCAGGAUUCAAUUUAACGGCACAGAGGCCUAUACCGUCGGCGGCGUGAAGCUCAACGAUGGAAACAAUCAUCUGAUUCAAGUAGCGAGAAACGUUACCCUUGUUCAAGUGAAGAUCAAUGGCACAGAAUACUUCCGCAAGACCAUCAGUGCCACGGGAGAUCUGAACGUGACCGUCCUUUAUCUAGGAGGAUUACCUCAGGCGUCGCGAUACAUUCGCCAAGUCGAUAGCAGACAGAUGGAAGUACAGCAAACGCCGCAAAUUAACUUCAAGGGCAUUAUCCAAGACGUGCAGAUCUCAAAUGGCACGAGAACGAUGGUAGUGGAAUUCUUCCCGCUAAAGGCACAAGACAUUCCUGCACUUGUUCAGUUCGGCAAUGUCUCCUUCGACUCUGAAAAAGUCCUCGAAGGCGUGGUGUCGGAUGACGUGUGCGUGAGCAGCCCGUGCAAUCACAACGGCACGUGUCACGUAACGUGGAACGACUUCUGGUGCCAGUGUCCGCGUGGUUACACCGGCAAAACCUGCCAGGAGAUGGAAUUCUGUCAAUUGCAAGACUGUCCGGCGGGUUCACGCUGCCAGAAUCUCGACGAUGGCUACGAGUGCAUCGCCAAUGCGACCUUCGACGGCGUUUCCACUGCCUUCACGUACGUGUACGGCCACGCUACGGAUGCCGUCAGUGACCUACCACUCGACACCAUCGAGAUCACCUAUCGAUCUAACACGGGUGGCACGCUGCUUCAUAUGGCUCCCCAAAUGGGUGACCAACAUUUCACCGUGUCCGUCUUAAGAGACACCGUCACUGUAUCCUGGCGGCUCGAUCUAGAGAACCAGGGUGUCGUCUCCUUCGGUAAGAGCCAACCCGACGGAAACUGGACUUCGCUGCUCAUCAGGUUAAAUAACAAUUCCGUGGAAUGCGGUUACGUUAAUCCUACUGAGGAGCAGCCCCAUGUGAAUCCCAACUUCAGCUUCCAACUGUGGUACGAUCUGCUGGUGACAGGAACGGUCACCCUCGGUGGACUUUCUUCCAGUGCCUUAUCCGAUAGGCACGCUUAUCUCACUGUUGGAUCCAGACACGAGAAGAGAAACAACGGAAUCGAGGGCAAUAGCGUGGAUUACAAUGAGCACAGGCUAACAACCGCUAUGCCCCCCCAUAGUAUGAUAUCCGGAGAACCGUUUAAGGGCUGCCUUGGCGAAGUGCGUAUCGGCAGCAUGUUGCUACACUACUUCACGUACGAGGAGGUUUAUCAGAACGCGAAUUUCACUCCGUUGGAGUUCCUGGAGUUGCAGGGUAACGAUAACGCCACUCAUCGCGACAGUAUCGGCUGCCAACUAUGCUUCGACACGGACUGCAAGAACGACGGUUACUGCUUCGACAAAACCAACAGCUACGUGUGCGAAUGUCCCGCGGGUUACGCCGAGGACGACUGCUCUUUUAACAUUGACGAAUGCGUCGACAACAAAUGUCAGAACGGUGCGACUUGCGUCGACGGUAUCGCGAAUUACACCUGCGUGUGCAAGAACGGCUGGCAGGGAUGGCUGUGCGAUAGCGACAUCAACGAGUGCGUAACGCUGAAUCCGUGUCAACACGAUGGCGUAUGCGUGAACCUGCCAGGCUUGUUCAGGUGUGAAUGUCCCGACCAAUUCACCGGCGAACUGUGCGAAAGCUUCCGGCUGAUCACCUGCGAGAACGAGCCGUGCAAGAACGGUGCGACCUGCGUGGACGUGCCGAAUCCAAAGACGGGUGACAACUUCACCUGCAACUGCAUGCCCGGCUACGACGGCCCGAUCUGUGACACGCCCUAUUGCAUCCGCAGAAAGUGCCAAAACGGGGGUAGAUGCGAUUUCCUAUAUCAGACGCCGAAAUGCACCUGUCCUCUCGGUUACUCCGGCAUGUACUGCGAGACCAACAUUGAUGACUGCGCGCCGGAUUCUGAGGGCAAUGUGCCAUGCAAGAACGACGGCAAGUGCUCCGACGGAGUGAACAAGUUUAUAUGCGACUGUGAUGGCACCGGAUAUACCGGAAUCGAUUGUUCCCUCGACGUAGACGAGUGUCAGAAUCCGAAGACUGAUUGUGGACACGGCAAAUGUGAGAAUCUGCCUGGCAUCUAUCAGUGCAUCUGCGACUACGGUUAUUGCGGCUACAAUUGCGGCAUGGAAAAUCCCUGCCAGGAGGAUUUCUGUCACAAUGGUGGCACGUGCGAAUGCGCCAACGGUGGCGGGUACCUGUGUCGAUGCACUCCUCAUUAUACAGGACAAAAUUGUACAGAGCCGGAAAGUAAUUAUUUAAGCACCCAAGCUCUUGAUAUAAUGGUAAUCGUAGGCCCGAUCGUGGGCUGUCUCCUCCUGAUUGCCAUUGCAUCCCUUAUAGCGCUCUUCAUGAUGGCAAGGAAAAAACGUGCGACACGUGGCACAUACAGUCCGAGUGCUCAGGAGUUUAGCAAUCCGAGAGUGGAGAUGGAUAAUGUAAUGAAGCCUCCACCGGAGGAGAGAUUGAUUUAAUCGAAUGCCAGCCGGAAGGAUGUAAUUAGGUAAUGCGAGUGAAUUUCGAUAUGUGGAAGUUACUUUUUGAAAGAGCAAAUUCUAUUGUGAGCGAAAGAGAGGUAACGGGAGAAUUAAAUGGUACAAUUUCUUUUUCUAAAGUUAAAUUUAUAAUCAAUCUAUUUAAUUAUAAAUUUCUUUGCUCACGAUUGCUUAGCUGCGGAUUUAGUGUUUUACAAAUGCAAAUCUUUUCAUAUAUCGAAGGUUAUUUGUGUAGCCUAGUCUUCCGAAAAUGUGAUUCAUCAUUGCGAAGACUUUUGACUGAAAGCACGCAGAUCGCUCGACGAACAGCCAAGUCGUUGACGUGAAACAAUUACUGAUCGCGUCUUCUAGUCCUCGCUGUUUCGUCGUUACAAAAAAAAAUAGACAAAUUAGAAGGGGAGAAUUUAUUGUAAGAUUAAAUUUCAGAUUCUUUGAAGAUUUAUUAGAAAAUUUCCAUCGAGUCCUUUUACUUCGUUGUUUGUGAGAGAAUUGCAUAGGCAAUGAUUCUAAGAUUAAUAAUAAAUUUAAUAAUAAACAUUUUACGACAACGACACAUUUUUCGACAAUCCUUCCGAGAGAGGGUGAUUGUCAUUCAAGCGGAUUCGAAAACUUGGCAUUACGUUGAAAUCUAAGAAAGUCGACGUUUUGUUAGAGUGUCUCGGAGAAAGAACACAUUACGUGCAUGAAUUUAUAUUUAAAAAAUAAUAAACAUGAUUUCUUUAGUUGAAUUUGAGGGACCAAUGAAGAUGUUGUAAGAUUCGAGGAUUCGAGGAUUUAGAAAUUCAAUAAUUCUAAAGAUUCGACAAGUCCGAAAAGCGGAUAAGAACCAAAAAAUUAGAAAAUUAUAUAAAUUUAAGAAUUCUAUAAAUUGUAAGAAUAAAAAAAUAAGGGGAGAAAAUAUUUCAAUCAUCACAUAAUGCUCGAAUAAUAAGGUUUUAUCGAGUAAGAAAAUGAAAUCUAUGCUUCUCUUUCUCUGGGAUACCCUGUAAAUAAUACGCGUAAAAUAAAUCACGUAGGUAGAUUAUAAUAAAGUGUACUUAAAGCUCUCAAAAGUGUCCUUAAGACGUUAAGCAAUACUCGAAGGAGGCGAAUCCGAGCAAACAGACCCGUCCAUUUUAGUGCCUAAUCUAUACUCUACUUAAAAAGAUAUUAUUUAUAAGCUGCGAUGCAUGCAAUAUCGGUGGACGAAACGAAACAGAGGAAGCAAGUAGGACGUUUCCAAAAAAAGCAUACGACUUAAACACAUGAGAGAUCUCGAGAAUAAUGCAUAAUGUUCUUACGCUUGCAAAAGAAUGGGUGAAUUAAAAGAAAUUUUAUUUGUCCCGAUUUUCAUUAAUUCACUUUCGAUUCCUAUCUCAUUUUUAAUAUCAUUUACUGUUUGCUUUUAUUAAACUUGUCAUAAUCUAUUCUAUUUCACUUUUAUCGUAGUUGUUUCGAUUUUAGUUAGAUCUUUUAUUAAUUGAAUUGCAAUAAAAUUCUCUUUUAAUUUGCCUAUCUUCGCAGGAAUUAUAUACGUUAAGUAUUAAAUAUCGUCAGACAGCGACACAUAUUCCGACUUACUGUAAAAAACCGUCGAUACUGUCGAGCGUUUCCGAUGUCAACGUAAGAAAGGAAAAUUCUGAACGCGCAUGGAAAAACUCGCAUUAUUGCGCGCCUGUUAAUUCUGUACAUAGACAUAGCUCGUAAGCCGAAAAGAUUAUUAACGACUUUAUCAUAUUUAGGAUUUUAUAUGAUUAUUAGAUAUUUAACAAUAACGAACGUAUUAAUCGAUACGUACUUAUACUACCACGACCAAAGUAGCGACGAGGCGAUAUUUUAUGUUAUAAGAUUUUACUCUGUAAAAAUCAUCUUGCAACUUUAUAA